GGUAAUGUACGUGUGUGAAUGUAUUUACUUUAUUUUUGUAUUACCGGUUUCAUCACUUUAAAAGACUAUUGUAUAGUCGUAACGCUUGAUAAGCCCCUGAUGCAAUAUCACAGUAACAUGGACAUUAUUUGUAUUAGGUCUAUAACUUAUUUAUAGCUACAAUAUUUGUCAAAGAUUUAUGUCUGAAUUAUGCCUUAUGUUUUUUGUCACUUCUACUUCUAGUCUACAGAACUGUGAGUGACAUCAUCAAAGGAAGAAGACUAUAAUAUAGACUAUAGGUAUAGGGUUGCUACUUCCCAACAUCUGUGGUUUCGGUGAUUGUUCCAUGCUCGAUAUAAUUAGAGCAAAGAGAACAUUCAAAGCAUAACUUGCCAAUAACCUACAAUGGCUUCACUAGGUAUGUUAGGACAUUUAGUCAUUGCCAUUUGAUUAGUUUUAUUUUUAUUUAAUGAAUGAAUUCAUUGACUCUUCAGUACUUAGGCUACUAAAAAAUAAAAUAAUUUUGAUGUUUUGUCAAUAUCAUUCUUAUUCUAGUUGAUUCAUUAUUCAAUCAUUUGCCUGAAUAUGAAUAUUAUAGACACAAUGACAAUGAUGUUCAUUUCUGGGUUUCUCUUUUUAGCUAAUUUAAUAUUGUAUAAAGUUUGAUCUUUUAACUUAAGUUUAAGUCUUAGACUAUAAGUUACUAUAACUAUAAGUGCCUGGGUGGUGAAUAAUUGUGGUUCCCCAUUAUCUAUUUGUUAUUAUGGCAAUGCACAAUAAAUUUGGCAAUGCCUCAAGAAUCAAAUGCAUUUUUAAUGAUGUUUUCACCCUUUAGUAGCAGACAAUACUAUUACUAUCACUAUAAUUAUAUUGAUAAAUGUCAUCAAAUUAGUGUUAUUACAAUUUAAUUUUAAAAAUUAAAAUUUUUAAUAAAUGUCAAUCAUUGCUACGCCCAGAAUGUAAACAUACCGUAAAUAAUGACUGUUUAUAUUUUUACCAAAUUUCAUUGAGUUAUUAGGCGCCUUAGGAUAGGAAUAUUCACUUGACCUCUGCACCUUUCAGAGUAAUCUGAGUGGACUAUUGUAAUUACUAUAGGCCAUACAUGAUCCCAUUAUUAUCAUUUGAAAUUGAAUAAAUGCAAAUUUAAAAAAAUUUAAAACAAUAUUUAGGCCAUCUAUACAUUACAUAUGCAAAAAAAAAUUAAUUUUAGACCCAUUCCCCCUGUUGCGCUGGUAUUUAUUAUUUUUUUUUAAAACACCUUCACCCGCUAUGCGUACAGUUUCAGAAGAAGGGGGGUGUGUUUAAUGUGUGUAACGUCAAAACAUGACAUUUUUAUUAUUAUUUUACCUUAAAUUUUAAAAAAUACAAUUUAAAAAACAAUCUAAUUAAAUUUUAAAAAAUAAUUUUAUUUCCAUUAAGAGGCCAUCCAUAAAUAACAUUACACACAUUUUGCCAAAAGCCCCCCCCCCCUUUCACAAAUCACCAUAAAGUUAGACCCCCCACCCCCUUUUAAAUAUAACAUCACAAACCUCUGCAUAUUUUAUUUCCCUUAAGAGGCCACUCAUAAAUAACAUUACACACAUUUUGCCAAAAGCCCCCCCCCUCCUUUCACAAAUCACCAUAAAGUUAGACCCCCCACCCCCUUUUAAAUAUAACAUCACAAACCUCUGCAACCCCUAUAAAAAUCCAUCUGUCCUUUACAAAGCCUUUAAAAAAUCACCUGCCAUGGAUAACGAAUUACUGCUCAUGUGUCAGAAACAUUUCCCUAGAAUAGUAGUUCUUAAACAGGAGUGCGGAAGACCCUGAAAAUAAAAUUUCAUUUGCUGCCAUUGCUAGUUGUUCCUGCCUUUAAAAAUAUAAUCGGUUUUAUGGAUUUUGAUUAGUGGCAUUAAAUAUUUUUUUUCUGGUGAAUUUUGUUUGCUCAUUACUUGUAUUGGUAGUUUUUUUCCUCUUGUUUAUAGAAAUUUAAAAAAAAAGGGAAAAGUUAAUUUUAAAAAUCCAAUCUAAAUCUGAUUAAAUAGAAAAAAAAGUUGCCAUGAAAAAUUUCCUCAAGAACCUACAGGCCUACUGGGCCAUUCCCACCAGAGCAAUGCAUGCUCUCUGACUAAAUUUCUGAUCUGAGUGCCAGUGCAAAAAAAGAAGGAAAAUGAUAAUGUUCCAAACCACUUUAUUUUGUUAUAUCAAUCUUCAAUAAAAUGCAAUUUUGAAAGUCUGAUACAAGAAGGAAAAAAUGAUAGACUUCAAGUCCCUCCCUGUCAAUUAUUUAAAAGCUUUGGAUCCCACACUAGUAGCAGAAAUAAAAAAAAGGGGCAGGCUACUCUGGGCGGGACACUUAGAAAGAAUUUCUAAUGUUAGAGGAGUGAAGAGGGUGCACCACCAAAACCCCUUAGGAAAACGGCUCAAAGGCAGUCCUAGGCCUAGAUGGAUGGAUGAUGUGGAAAAAGAUCUACAGUCGCUGGGAAUCUAAGCAUGGAAAUGAAAAGCAUCAGUUAGGUCUGAGUGAAAAUAAGAGGUGAGGCAAACCAAAGCCCAACAUGGGAUGUAGUGCGACAGGAAUGGAUGGAAAAGAUUUUCCAAAUUCCAUCUUUUUCAUUACCUACUUGUGUGUGAAGAUAUUUUGAAAAUUGAGAUACUAAUAUCUAUCUACAGAGCAGUAUCAUUUGAUGAGCACUUGCACACAAUUUUUAUGAUAGUGAGUACUAACUUUGAGCCUUCAAUAAAUGGGAUUAUCUCAGAAAAGAAAGUUUUCAAUCUUUUCACUGAUUGGAAAAGAUGAUUGUUCAGUUUGAAAGUUUUUUAAAUCUAAUUUGUAAUCCUAAUUAAAUCAAUUCAAUCUAAUUUAGAGAAAACAAAAAUUUAUUGCUUCCAGUUGUAUUAUGACAGAAAAAAAUGUGUUUCUCAUGCUGUUUUAAUAUUAUGAAAAUGUGAGAUACACUCUGAUCAUACAUACGGUACAAGCUAACUUGAAUUUGGCACUAUCAAUCCUGUCCCUGGAGCCAGACCAGAUUUUCUAACCAGCCCUUAUCAUAAAAAGUUUACUGAUCCCUGCUUUAAAUUGUUAGUUUGGAGUUUUAUUUCUUUUAUUGAUAUCUCCCUCAGCUGAAUUAUAUACUUCUGAAGCAAAGGGCAGUGAUGCAACAGGAGAUGGUACAAAGGAGAAGCCUGUGAAAACAGUUUUACAGGUGAAACAUUUUAUACUAUUGUAUUUAAAUCAGAUUAAGUUAAGAUGUGGCUGAUGCUUUUUUUGGUUAUGCUCCAGGAUAUGAUUGAUGCUUAAAAAAAAUCUGAUUAACUUGAACUUUAUGUUAAUUAGAUUUACCUGACACAGCCUUGGGCUGUACUUAUACAUUCAGAAGCAGAUAGUUAAGUUUACAAUUAACAGUGGCUUCAUUGAAUUCCCUGGUGUAUCAUGGCAGAAUGAUUAAAACAUUGGCUUAAAUUUGUUUUACAUAAGAUGAGAAAGAGUUAAUAAUUUGGAGAUAAACUUUCAUUAUUAAUUUAAGCAGUCUGUACAUAUAUAUAAACAUUUGUUUUGGCAGGCAAUGAGGUUAGCUGGUAAAGAGCCAUUUCCAGUAAUCUAUUGUGAUUCCAAGAAAGAGGGUGAAGUAAGAUUCAAGAUUAUCCUUUAUUUUAGUGUUGUGUUUGUGUAGUUUCAUUUUAAGCAUCCUCUACUCCAUCUCUACUUGUUGAAAAUCUCCUCUUUGCACCCACCAAAUUUCCUAUUUUUUGAAGGCAUUCAUGUUGGCUUAAAGUUCAGCCCAUGCACCAGCUUGUCACGCCAGUCAAAAAACUGUUAAUGACCAUCACAUUUUUAGUUAAAAAAUGGUUAUUACAAAUUAAGUAUACACAUACUUAAUACAAUGAAAGGUUAAUUAUAAGUCCACCAUAUUAAAUAAAAAAAUCCAUUGCAUAAUUCACAAAUUUCUAUAGAAAAGAUCUGUAAUAUUGGCACUGUAAUGUUGAAUCAUCCCAGCUCACACAAGCCAAUCAAAUCACUGCCAUCCUAAACCCUCAUUCUGCAGUUCCCAACAUGUUUUCAGUACCUGAAUUAGCCAAAUUUCAACACCAAAUAUUAAGACGUGAGCCCUCUCCUAAGCAUAAAAGUAAGGCAACCCAUAUUAGCCGAAAUAUUCUCUUUCUAUUGUCCUGUGUGGAUACAUUGAUGACAGCAUUUGAAUCACUACCAUGGAAACAAAUGAACUCCAACGAUUUAUUGAUUUCAUAAACGUAUUACACUCAUUUAUUAAAUCUACUUUACAAAUCUCUUGGUAUUGUGUCAACUUUCUGGAUAUUACCCUAAUCUUAAAACAGAUUAUUCACAUCGCCUACUACAGACCUACAGACAGCCAUGGUUGUACUGAUCCUAUUGUACCUAUUGUACUCAUCCUCCCACCCCAUAUCAUGCAAAGAUUCCAUACCUUUCUCUCAAAUUCUCAGUCUAUGUCACCUCUGCCAGAUGGAUAAAUACUUUUUAGAUAGGGCUAAUGAAAUGAUGGACUUCUUUUGCUCCAGAUCUUUUCCUGAAACUACUCUUGUCUUGGCACUCAAUUGUAUUAGCACUAUCACACGGAAUGAUGCUUUCAAACCUCAUCCAAACAAAAAUGAAGAUUGAACCAAACUCAUUCUAAUCUACCAUCCUCACAAUCUGAUUGCCAAAAAAAUAUUCCUAAAGAUUCAACACAUACUUCAUGCUGACCCCAACACCAACAGGGUAUUCUCUGCUUAACGUCUUCAGUCAGGACAAAAUCUUGGUGACCUUCUGGUUCACAGUUGACUUCGAGUUGACCUGUUUCACUACAUGCUCAAGAAGCCAUUGUGGGACUUGCCCCUAUACACCACGAAGCAAAACACAUUAGUCUCCUUAAGGGUACUUUUACCAUCAUAGAGGGCUUCACAUGUUAGUUGUAAUGUGAUCUAUGCAAUUAUGUACCAUAGAUGCCGCUCCUGUUAUAAAUGCCAAUAGGAAGAAGAUUAUCUGACAGUUAACUGAAAAUCUUUGUGAUGUCGAACAAGGCAAACUUUCCCUGGUCUCAUCCCAUUUAACGGAGAUAAACACAAAGGCACAUCAGAUAUUUCCAUCAUGGCACUGAUUUCUCUACUAACACACCAGUGAGAGUUAGGAAGGAAAACAAAUUAAUUAAGAUCAAGCACAAUAUCACCAUAUGGAAUCAAUCAAAUAUUCUCCUACUAGUGAUCUUCAAUUUCCUUGUAUUUAUUUUCUUAUAUUUUGCAUAUUUCCAAAAAAAUUUUGCCGUUAAAAUCUUAUAUUUCACAGUAAUGAUACAUAAAUAUCUUAAUGCUAUCUCUCACUUGAAUAAUAUAAGAACUUUAUGAUACAUAAAUUCUUUUAAUUCCUUUAAUCCUUUAAACCCAAUUUCUCGCAAUGACAUAGCAUUUAUAGUAAAUUCCAAACGGUUACCAGAAAUUUUUUGAAAGAAAUUUCGUUGAUGGAAAAUUGAUCAACCGAAAUUUGUGUGAACUGAACAUUGGUCGAAUCUUUUUUCAGUUCACACGUUGAAAUUUUCGUCAAAUUUCUUUUUAAACGUGUGAACUGAAAAAAAGAUUCAACGAAAUUUAUGUUCGAUCAAUUUUCCGUAAACGAAUUUUCUUUUAAACAAAUUUCCGGAUACUAUUCCAAACACUUGUUUUUUAACUGUUUUCUAUUUCAUAUUGUUUCUUCUUUUGUCCUGUCUGCUGAAGAUAGCUUUUAGCUGAAAAGUUAUCUUUUUAUUGUCCUAUCAUUAGAUUUCAAGCUUCCACAUACCUUGUUCCACCAUAUUCCUUACACAACUUGAACGCAGACGGUCAUUUGUUAUCCUAUAUUAUUAAACUGUUUUAUUCAUGUUUGACAUUCAUAUUAAAUUUUAUUUUCACUUAGAUUUAUGAACUGGUUGCAAAAUCACAAUUGAAAAAAGUACAAAAAAUAUGGCAGAGAGAACAGUACAAGAAAGCAGAUGCAGAUGAUUCAUUGGUAUGUUUAAAAAAAAAUAAAUUGAGCCCUUCUCAAAUCUCUUCCUGUAAAAAAAAAUAUUAAAUUUCACAUUAAAUACUGUACUAAAAAAAAUAAAAAAAUAUUAUACUUUUGAAAAUUUAACAUCCUUAUAUUUAAUUUCAGCAAAAAGAUGCAGAAAGGAGAGAAAAAAACUUAGAGGAUGCCAAAAAAAUCACUAUAGCAAAUGAUCCUAGUUUGCCAAAGCCAGUUGAGGUAAAUAUAUUCAUGCUUUUUUCGCCCCAUUAUUAAUAGAUUUAUCUCAUAUCAUAACAAAAGAAUUAUUUUUUUGGGUUAAAUCAUUUAAAUUAAAUUCUUUAAGUUUAUGACACAAUGAUAUUUAAACUUAGCUUUUAAUUUUCCAGGAAUUUGAAAAAGUUUAAAUAGUUUUGCACAGUUAAGCUUUUACAAUAUCUUAAUGCUAUCCCUUGAAUAAUAUAAGUUAUAUAAGCACUUUUUAUGUUACAAAAUAACACAAAAAAAAUUGAUCAACUCAUAAAUGCAACUUCAGCUACAGAAAUUAGUCUAGCUGUUCUUUUUUUGUAGAUUAAACUUAGAGAUGCUGUGAAAACAAGAGAUCAGAGGGUACAAAUUUUUGGAUGGGUUCACCGUUUGAGGCGUCAAGGUAAAAUAAGAAUACUGUGAAAUUUGUUGUUCAAUCUUCCUAUCCCUUUUGUAACUCGGUCUACGCAGUGCCACAUGUCUCCUAAUUCUUUGCUUACACAGACCUGAUAACUCUUAUACGAUUUUGGCGUACAAUGUACAAAUUUUGAUAUUUAUUUUAGGAUUGUACGCAGAGGCCAGAGACUAUGAUUUGACAAGACUGGGCUAAAAAUAUAUUUCAGUAGUUUUUCCACUCUUUUAAAAAAAAAUUAGAUUUUCAGUUUUGUUUUUGCUCCUUUCAACAUCUGGCAGUGAAUGGACAAAGAAAUAUAAUUGGUUGGGGACCAUCCAUAAUUAUAGUAUUUAUGCACUGAGAAGGGAAGGAAAGAUGGUAAUGACUUAGAAGUGUAGGGGUGCACAUGGGUAGGGGGGGGUGUCUAAAUAUUACUAAAGGCUAUUAAACAACACCUCGUUUCGUAAAGAUGGUGAUGAUCAUCCUAUUGUUGCUUUGUAGGUUCACAAUGACCUUUCAAGAUACACUAUAAUCACUGUAAUUAUUAGUUCUUUGUGAAAAUGGAGAAAAAUACAGACUUAUUUUAAUGCACUCUCAACUGCUCCACACAGCAGUAUUAGAUUUUGACAUAUCAGCUACUAUACAAUUUUACCAUAAUAUCUUAAUGAAAAAUAAACUCAAUACAAGAGUGGCCAGCGACAUAAAAUAUAAUGGACCAUCGGAUGUAGCAAAAAUGCACAUAUAUCUUCAUUCAAUUAAAGAUUAUUUUCAUUCUUGGCUUAAAGGCACAUUUGAAAAUAUAUACAACUCUUUUUUCAUGAUAUGCACCAUUUCGGACUGAUUCAAAAAAUAGAUUGCAUUAAGUAGUAAAUUAUUAAAAAAUGUUUAUGUAAUAUUUAGUUAUUACUAAAAUUUAAGGAGUUAUAUAAACUCAGCAAGGUAAAGGGAACCUAUUUUCCACAAGCAUUUUGAUAAGGUGUAGAGUGAUGAAAAACUAUAUUCAGAUAUAGACAAAAGUACAUCUCUGCAAUUUGAAUUUAUAAAAAAAAAUUCUGGGAAGGGGGCUCCCCCAAAUCCCACCCUCACUCAGGUUACUUUAGCAGGUGUUAACAAUUUCUGCUCCCACGGCCCAUCUUCAUCUAUCAAAGUUGCAAAAGCAUGCACCUAUUCAUUUCCAAGUAAAACACUAUAUAUAUAUAAAAACAUCAGUCAACUUUGGGAAGUGACCUUUAUGAGACAUACAAUGCAAAUAGUUUUUGUUUACAUUAUACCCUGUUUAUUUUUGUUUAAAUUAUACUUUGUUUAUUUAUUUACUAUUACAGUAUUGAACAACUUUGAGAUUGUAAGUACUAUUGUGAGAUGAUAUUGUACUAUUUUAGGAGUUUCAGGAUAACCAUGACUUCUGUCACUCCUGACUAAUUUUUUCGUAUAUUAAAGUAAUAGCAAAUAUGAUUUCCUUUUCAGGUAAAAAUUUAAUGUUUGUUAUUCUAAGAGAUGGCACUGGUUUUCUGCAGUGUGUAAUGGCUGACAAACUGGUUGGUAUUUCAAAUAAUUUUUAAUUGAAGUUUUUUUGUGGUAAUUUAAAAAAAAAGCAAUAAGCACUCAGAAUGAACUAUUUUCACAAAUACUAAAUAAGUGUGGGCAAAAAAAAUUGUAUAGACUUAUCUGUAACAGUCUGUUUAUAAACUAGUUUUUCUUUGCAGUGUCAAACUUAUGAGGCUGUCACUCUAGCAACAGAAGCAUCCAUAGUUGUGUAUGGAGUCAUUCACAAGUUACCUGAAGGAAAAACUGUGAGUUAUUUUGUCAGUCCUAAUAAUUGUGAAAUUCUAACUAUGGGCUAUGAUCAUUUUGUAAACCCGCUGCUAACAUAAAUUGGCUUUAAAAAAAUGUGAUUUCAGGCUCCUGAUAAUCAUGAAAUGGCUGUGGAUUUCUGGGAGAUAAUAGGUCCUUCUCCUCCAGGGGGUGCUGACAACUUGCUCAAUGAGGUAAUAUUUUCUAAUUUACUUUCAUUUUUAUUGUUGCAGUUAUGAGAAGAAAAAAACUUAUGGUAUCUGUUCAGAUUAAAUGUACCUAUGAGAAAAAACAUUAUUUUUUAUACUUGCCGAUUUGUUAUUUAUAUUGUUUUAACAGGAUGCUCAUCCUGAUGUCCAGCUGGAUAACAGGCACAUGAUGAUAAGAGGAGAGAAUGUGAGAUUUUAUAUGCUUUAUCAAGAUUAAAACAAUAAUUAAAAAAAGGAUGACAAUAUUUAAAUUUUAUUUUUGGCAUAUUUAAGGGUUUACAUCAAAACCAGGUUAGGCAGGAAUCGGUAAAUGCUAAAAUAUGUUUCUUAAUUUGAUAUUUUUUAUGAGAUGCAAGGUAUUAUCAAAAUAGUAACAGACACAUUAUGACGCACUCAUUUAAUUUUUCUCAUGAAUAAAAAUAUCUUAAGUGAUAUUCAUAAAAACUAAGCUGCAAAUUGUUUUAUAACUUAAGCAGUCAUGAAUAAUCUUUUUAUUUUUGCAGACCGCUAAAGUGUUGAAGAUGAGAUCAGUUAUUGUACAAUGUUUUAGAGAGCACUUUUUUGAUCGUGGGUAUUUUGAACUUACUCCACCAACUAUUGUUCAAACUCAAGUUGAAGGUGGAUCAACAUUAUUCAAACUAAACUAUUUUGGAGAGGAGGUAUGUUGUUUAUUAUGCUGAUUAUAAGAUUUUAAUUGCAUACACAUUUUUGAAUAAACAUUUUGAAACUAAUUUUUUUAAAAAUGAUGAAUAUUUGUAACUAUGUGAAACAAGGUAAGGGAAACCGGAAAAAUGGACGCAACAAAACAACAAACGUGUUGGCAAGAAGCCUUCUUCAGCAAACAAACGAGCAACACAAAUAUAAAAAUAAACACUUUACUGAAAUGUUGUAUUUUUGAAAUAGAUUCAAUGUCAUUAUAUUAUAUCCUUACAAAUUCAUAUAAAUGAUGAAUACCUCUGUAAAUAGAUACAAUUUUUUAUCAACCAUCAGUUGCUAUGACUCUUUUGACAUUGCCCAUUUCAUUUCAGGCAUAUUUAACCCAGAGUUCCCAACUGUAUUUGGAGACCGCAAUCCCUGCAAUGGGUGAUGUUUUUUGCAUGGCUCAGUCUUAUAGGGCAGAAGUCUCAAAGACUAGACGUCAUCUUGCUGAGUAAGAAAUCCAUACAAUAUAAUGUUAAACUUUGUAUUGAUAAUGAUAUACCAUUAAAUACAUUUUUGGCACUUAAAAAAAGUUAUAGAAAUAGUAGUUUUACUAAUCUUAGUUAUAUCUAGAUCCCUGAAGCACUCUGUUAUUAAUUUUGACAUAUUAUUAUUUAUUAAAAGGAACAGUGUGCAAAGAUUUAAAUUCACUGAUGGAGCUACAUCUUUUUGACAUGUUGAAUAUUUUAACCCUAUCCAUCUCAACAUAUUGUAUGUCCUGUCCCUAGCAACUGGGUGUAGCACACCUGUACACUUAUUAUAAUGGGAAAAAGUGUUUCUGUCUAUUCCUGGCUACUGAGUGGGCUACACCCAUAGUCUUAUUUCCCAGUAAAUGGUUCUCUUCAGGGGUAGUUAAGGGGGCCAGAGGGGGACAGGUGUCACUGGGCGCCAGUCUAGUUAGGGGCACCAAAAUGUGCUUUGCUAUUAUUUUAUACUUUAAUAUUAUUUUAUUGAUUACAAUAAUGGGUAUGAGAGUUGGAAAAACUAAAUGGAGGCUCUCUAAAAUGAAUCUCGUCUCCGGGCGCCAAACACUCUAGCGACGCCUCUGGUUCUCUUUGUGUUAUUUUCUUUUUUACUAUGUGGCAUGAUUUAGUUGCCUUGAAACCGAACUUCCUUCACGGAUCACAGUGUUGCUCCCUCUGAAGUAUUUCUUCUGUACAUUAAUGAAAAAAUGAUACAAAAAAAAAAUGAUACAAACAAUAGUUGACUGCACCAACAGGGAAGGUGAGAAAGUAAGAGGAGACAAAUGUCAAAGGAAUGAUGCGAUCUAAAUGAAAUCUUUUAUUGGCUACCUACUACUACUACUAAACACUGGCAAUCUUCAUCUCAACAUUAUUUCAGUGGACUUUAUAUUUAGCCAUGUUGAUGGAAAUCCUAUUCUUAUGGCACAUUUUCAAUGACGAGAUUCAGCAAACUUCUGAUUCAUACUUGUUUUGACAACAAUGAUAUUAGAUCAAUCCUUUCUAGCUUGUGACAUCUUUGAUCCAAUUAUAAGAGAUGUAUGAGAAGCAUUCCUGAGUAAUUUGGCGAGGUAUUAUGUUCCUGGAGAGAACAUCACAGUAGAUGAGCAACUGGUUGGUUUCAGAGGUCGGUGCAGAUUUAUUCAAUAUAUGCCAAGCAAGCCCGACAAAUAUGGAAUACAAAUCUUCUGGGCUUGUGACUGUGAAUCGACUUCGAACUAUCCUCUGAGAAGAUGCCCAUAUCUUGGCAAAGAAAAUACAAGUGCCCUGCCAGCAAAGAAAAAUUUUGGAAUAUCCCCUAAUGCUGUGAUUUCUCUCACAAGAGACUUGCAUGGAAGUGGACACAAUUUCAGAACAGACUAUUUUAUUCCCCUACAACUUGCAGAACCAAUGGCCAAGAACAGACUCACACUGUUGGAACAGUGAAAUGGAACAAGAUGUUCCUGCCCAAGGGCGUUCUCGCAAAAGAAGGCUCUGAAUACAAAAAACUAAAAAUAAAAGAUGGCCUUUGGUUGUGUAUUUCAACAUUUUUGACUUCGCAUCAAGAGUGGCAUUUAAAUAUAAAUAUCCGACUAACUGUCUCAUGAAGACAAAAAGCAAAAAUAUUGACGUUGCACAUUUCCUCACCCUUCCGCACUUGGAGGUGAUCCGUCCAGACGCAUCAAGAUAUUGUGAGGCAGAACUUCCCCAGUCUUUUGAAGUCUUUACAAGCACUUCAAACAGCUGCCCAAACCACUUCAACUCAGCAAGUUUAUUAGACAUAUUUACAAAGACCAUUCUGUUCUUUUAUGUAAAAACUGUGCAAGCAAAGCCCCCUUUUUCCAUGUGUACAUUUGACUGCUCUGUUUUGAAAUGGUUUUUCAAGUUGAAUUCAUGUUGUUAUUGUUGGUACCCAAAUGCAUUCAGAAUACUUAUUUAUUUUCAACAUUUAAUAUCUAUUUUAUGGAUGACACUGACUCAAAUAAUCAAAAAACAAAACCAAACAAAAAUAUUCGUAAGCCGGUUUAGACACUGUUUUCUUCUAUUAAAUUAUGCACUAGUGUGUUACACCCAUUUGCUACGGAGUGUAGAACAAUAGUUUAUGCCCCCAAAAAUAAGUCACUUUGACAUGCUUUAUACAAUUGCUUCCACCUAGGUGUUCAUUCAACUACCUUGUGGAUUAGGUUAGAGUAUAAGAAAGAUUAUUAAAAUCGAGAUAUCAGCUAUCAAAGUCUGUCUCCUGGUGUAUUACACUUACACCCAAUAAUUUUUAUAUUGAUUAUCAAAAAAUAUUAAAGUAGUCCUUAUGGAUUUUAGCUACUAUAGUUUUCUUAUGAUGUUAAAAUAAAAAAAAAUGUUACAAAAUAAUUUUGAUAUUUCCAAAAAAUUUUCUCAAGCCUGUUUUUUAAAUUAAACUGUUGUAACUGGAAUAUAGAAACAAUUUAAUGGCAUCAGAUCUAUUAUUUGCAUUUCUCAGGUACACUCAUUGUGAAGCAGAAUGUCCAUUUAUCACAUAUGAAAAAUUAUUGGAUAAGAUUGAAGACCUUGUCUGUGAUGUUGUUGAGAGGGUCCUUAAGUCUCCAUAUGCUAGCCUUGUGUAUGAGCUAAAUCCUGUGAGCUUACUUUAAAUUAAACUCUUCAACAAUAUUUAUUAAAAAUUUUUAUCGUCAUUUAACUUUUUAAGUACCCUAUUUUAAGAAUGCUUUGAAAUACCAUAUUUAAAAACGUUCUUCAAUUAUUUCAAUAUUAAAAUAUCUGAUCACUUUAAAAAACUAUCGAAUUUUGUUUAAUAUCUAGAGAAGUUAUAGUUGUAGGCGAGGUUAAAAUUCCAAAUGCUUUUUUAAAAAAAAAUAUCCACUGGAUUAGUAAAAUAAAGGAAAUGUAAUUAUCUUGGAUGAAAUUUUUUUUAUAUUUAUGAGUCAAUUAUGCAUGAUGAUAAAAUUCAAUCAUCUUAUACUUAUAGAUUAGUUUUCUCACAAUCUGACACUACUUUUCCCUAGGAUUUUAAACCCCCCAAGAAACCCUUCAAAAGAAUGGAUUACACUGAUGCCGUGAUUUGGUUAAAAGAGAACAAUGUAACAAAAGAGGAUGGAACAUUUUAUGAGUUUGGUGAUGUGAGUUCCUAGUUCAUGUAUAGAUUUUUCACAGUGCUCAAUUAAGUCAUAUGAUUUAGAUUUAUGACAAUAUUAAGUUAUUUUUCAUUAAGUCGUGACAGAGGUAUCAAAAUAUUUUUGCCAUUUAAUGUUUAAAUAUUUUUCUCAUUCAUUUUAGAUUAAAUUUGGCACAUUUUUAUCAAACUAUACUUACUCAAUAUACGGUAUAUUUAACGGUGGGUAAAUUUUUUAGGAUAUACCAGAAGCACCUGAGAGGAAAAUGACUGAUACAAUCAAUGAACCAAUUAUGUUGUGUCGGUUCCCUGCUGAGAUCAAAUCAUUCUACAUGCCAAGAUGUAAGGAGGACAAUCGACUCACAGAAUCGGUGUGUAGGGUAUUGUACUUACACAAAUGAUAGCUAUAAUUAGGCAAAGGGACACAACUAUUUUAAAAAAAAUGUCUGUUAUUUUUAACAAAAGACAAAAUGUAAAACAUAAAAGUCAACAUUAUAUAUAUAUUUUAUUAUAUAUAACCUUUUAAUAUUCUAAUAUAUAUAAAAUGCAUGGAAUUUAAUAAUCACUUUAAAAAAUUUUUUUUUUUUAGAGAAUAACCUAAUAAAAAGAGCUUCAUUCUCGCGUGAGCAGCAGUAAAUUUAAGCAGAGGAAUGUAUGGUAGUUAAUGGCUAGGCCCCGAACAUGACAGUCCACCCUGGUGUAGUAGGCAAUUGCUAGUGAUAAUUUGGGAGGGGGCAAUCAGCGCUAAUGGCAGUAGAGGGUUAAUAUAAAUUUCAUUAAAAAAAUUUAGUAGCAACUAAACAUUUUACAGUGAAAAUCUAUAUGAGAUUAAAUCAUAGGUGAAAAACUCAUUUUAUCAUAGAUAUUUAGUUAAUUUAUUCUUGAUGUUUCAUUUUAUAAGAAUUUAUAUUUAAAUCAACUUUUGUAAAGGAUUGGUCUGAAAUGAAUCAUUUCUGUUGAUAACUCAUCAGAGGACAAACUAAAUGAUUUUUUUAGGACUUUAGCACUAUUAGUAUACUUUUUUAGUAGACAUUACCAGUAAUCAUUAAAAAGUUAGUAAAUCUACAGUAUUAAAAAAAAGUCAUUUAUUUUAUAUUAAAUAUAUAGAUUGAAGGUAAAAUUGCUUAAAUUAUUCAGCAAUUCAGUUAAAUAAAUUGUGUUGUAGUAGAUGUCAAGUUGAAAGAAAAAUCCAAAUUAAUAAAGCAAACAAAUACAGUCAUCUCAAAAAAAGUAUAUGUUUCAGUUUAAGAGAGAAAAAAAAAGAGAUAAUAUGUUUAUAAUAAAAUACAAGUUACCUCUUUAUUAGUUAUUCUCAAAGCUAUAGAUCACAUUUUUUAGAGACAUAAAAUGCAUAAUUAUUUGCUUAUUCAAUAUAUUAUACAUAUUGAGCUCACACCUGUGUUAUCUCAGUUUUGGAGUGUGGUGGAGCAAGCAUUUAAAUAUUUUCUUUGCCAUUUUGAAAAGUUUGGAUAUUGCAAUGUUGUAGAGAAAUAAGCAUAAACAUAUUCACCUUGAGCAACUAAAGCCAUAAGCUUUCCCCCAAAACUGCUAAGUAUAAUCUAUAAUAAGUAAGGAUCUUGCUUUAUUUUUUAAUUGAUUGUAUUGUUGUCAUUUACAGGUAGAUCUUUUGAUGCCCAAUGUGGGAGAGAUUGUGGGAGGUUCAAUGAGGAUCUGGAAGCAGGAGGAGCUUGAGGCAGGAUUUAAAAGAGAGGGUAUUGAUACAACACCUUACUACUGGUACUUUGAUCAGGUGGGUUAUGAAUAUUAUUAAGCUUUUAUACCGGUAUAAGGCAGUCAUCUAAAGCAAUUAACUAACAGAAAAUCUCAAAGAGCAUGGUAAACUGAUCAAUAAAAUCAUUAUGCUGAAUAAACCUGAGGCAAGUAUUUCAAAAUGAAAUGUAGGCAAAUAUUUCAAAAUCCUUUAGAGUAAUGUCAUUUACACUUUAAAUCCAUGUGAUGUUUGCUCUAUAACAUCGGAGUGGUUAUUCAUGGUCGGCUGAGAAUAAUAACUGCUAGUGGAAGUAAAUCAUUCAUUGACUGGGAAUAACUAUGAUCGUUAUAACUAGUCAGCUGAGAAUAAUGUUGAGCAUUAUUCCCAGCCGACUGGGUAUCAUAAUAUUGUUACUUGUAUCAUAAAAAAGUCUGUUAAAAUUAAAACAAAUGAUAGAUUCAAUAAAGCCCAUAAUUCCAGUACAUUCUUUUUUUUAAAAAUUGCUAGCAGGAGUAAACAAUUUAUCAGCUAGGAAUAUCGUUGAGCAUUAUUCCCAGCAGACUUGGAAUAACACCUCCGCUAUAACACAGCAACAAACAAAAUUCAUGAAUAAUCACCCCUUAGCUGAGCAUGCAUUUUAACAUAUUUACAUGCUUCCCAAAUGGAUAAAUUACAACUUUUAAAUAAAAUUAGCGUAUUGAAAGUAUGAUUUUUGUCACAAUAGAAUUUUUUUUACACAUAUCAAUCGUAAAUUUUGUAAAAAAUGGACUGAGAUGAUGAAUUUGAUAGCAAUUUUUUGUAAUCAUAUAUUUACGGCCAUAGCCUGAAAUCGGCCAGAGUGGGAACUGGCCGGCCAAAUCGAGAAAUGGCCAAUAUUGCCUCACAUUGACUGGCCAAUAUCCGAUAUUUUCUGGAUAUUGGGAUUUGGCCAGCGAGUUUGCGAAAUGGCAUGGGGUGAUUGGCUUGAGUCGGAAGAAAAGGGUCAUGAGCAUAAUUUGGGUGUUUGUAUACCUACCGUAAGGAUACUCUCAUUAUAUUUUAAUUAUACUAAAUUACCAAAUCAGUCAAAUUAGUUUAUUAUAGUUAAUUAUCAAUCUCUACCCUCACUUGUUACAACAAGAUGAUUUUUUAUGAUCUUUUGUAUUAAACAGUAGUUUGUUAUUUUUACAUUUGCAAUGACUUGUGAAGCACUUGAUAGUGCAAUUGCAUCGAGUGAUCAUGUUUCUUUGCCUUUAGAACUAACCUAGCAGCUGAGUUUUGAACUUUCUGCAGUUUUUCUAUGAAAUGUUUUAAUAAACCUGACAGAAGAGACUUACAAUAGUCAAGACGAGAGAGAACAAGAGCACAGACUAGUGUUUUUGUUGCACUAACUGUGAGGUAGUGGCAGAUAGCGGUACGCAGAGUGACAGAUGUGAGAAAAAUGAUUAUUGAGAGACAUGUUAUCAGAAAGAAUGUAACCAUCACUGACCAUAGGUAAACUUUCGCCCUGUGUGAAGCACCUGUUCGGCGCCCCCUUCCCUAAUAUCCACGCCCUUUCGGUUGGUCCCAACCUCAGUGUUAGUAUUCACAUUAAGAAUGCAACUUUCAUUGUAUGAAAACUCAUCGCAUGAAAAGCGAAUGUACGAAAAUUUAGAUUACUGUUUCUCGACCCACGGACCCAAGGUUCACACCUCACUUUAAUAAACUGAGGGAAUUAAAAUAUUUACUGCGCCCCUAUGGCCAUGGCGCCCUGUGCGAGGGCAUAGGUUGCACACCCUGAUGGCCGGCCCUGCAACAUUAUGAAAUAAUCUGCCAGUAAUUUUCUAUCCGCACCCCUCGCCAUCUUCAUUAUUUUUUUAAUCCACAAAUUGCAUGGACAUCGUUGCUGCAGGAUCCAUCCACAAGAAUGGGCUGAAUAACACUCUUUUUCCCACACUACACAUAAUCUGUUCGCAUUGUUAUUAGUCUUACAUCAGCAUAUCGAAUAUUGGCCAGGGAUAUCCCGGCACUUCGAGAAGUGGCGGGCCAAAGUAGCAUAUGCACUGGCAAUUUCAAGUACAUCGGACAUUGGCCACACGCCUCGACCAAAGUGCGAAAUGGCCAGCCAAUUGGGGAACUGGCUGAACUUUGGGCGUAACAUAUAUGAAAGUAGUGAAAGUUUAUCUGUUCCACAAAGGCUUUUACAUGGAUUGAUGGAUCUUGACCAAACUUGGCACAUAUAUCCAUCAUUAUCCAGAAGGACUCUUAAAGGGUUAUUAACUUUUUAUAACAUUCAGUUAGGGGCCCCGAAUUCCUUUUUUUUCUUAUACAAGCUAUAUAAAUCAAAUUAACAACAAAUACUCCUACAUGAAUAGAUGGAUCUUGACCAAACUUAGUACACAUCCACUUGAUUCUCCAUAUUCAAAUACCGAAGGGUACUGACCUCAUAAUAUCCAUUCAGUAUCCCAAAGGGAUUUUAUUUUGAAAGGGGAUCCCAAUUGGAAACAGGAUCCCAAUGGGAUCAGGAUACCACCGGGAUCAGAAAACUGAUGGGAUCGGGAUCACACCGGAAUUGUGAUCCAGAGGAAUCGGGAUACCGACCGGGAUAUGGAUGCCAAUGGGAUCGGGAGGCAGUUCCCGGCUAUGCCGGAUAACUUGGCUAGUUAUAAAUAAUUCAUAGAUUAACUAUGUUAGCUGUAUUCAGAUUCCUGUAUUUAAAAUAACCCCUUAUAAACCUUAUAUACUGUUUGAGGAAAUGGCCUAUAACCAAAUUUGACUAACAAUAUAAUUUGACAUAUUCCCGAAGUUACCUCCUACAUCAUAUGACAUAUUUAAAUCAUGGCCCUGGUUGCAAUAUCUGAAAAGUUGAACUAAAAUUAGUUCACAUUUUUUGCCAACUUGUCCUACAAGUUUUCAAUUAUGGUAAUGUAUUGGCUAUUAUUAUGUAUUGCUUAAAAAUUAUAGUAAUGUUUUGUUCACAUGCUGUGUGCUUUUUCCCCUUUCUAUUCAGACAAAGUAUGGGAGCUGUCCCCAUGGUGGUUAUGGACUUGGAGUAGAGAGAUUUCUGUGUUGGAUUCUGAACCGCUAUCAUAUUCGUGAAGUGUGUGCUUAUCCCAGAUUUGUAGGCAGGUGUAAGCCAUAAAAAAGUUUCACAAAAUGAUCACAAAAUUGAAAGUAGAUUAACUGAUCAUGUAACCCUAUGUCUGUAAAAUCCACUAAACUGAAUAGUCACAAAGUUUCUAUACACACUAUUAAUACUUGCUUUACUUUGUUGUUAAAUUAAAAACAAAAGUUGUGUUGAUUUUUUUGUUUUAACUUAUGAGAUUUGAUCUCUUUAACUUAAAUGCGGUCAACUAAUAAAUUGAUUAAAUGUAUAUGAAGUUUGAGCUGUUUGUUAUACUCAUUGCUUAAACUUAACUACACUGACAUUAGUGUGAUUACAUGUUAUUUAAAAAAUUUCUAUAAAAUUCCACAAGGUAAAGGCCAUGUGUAUAAUAUGCAGAGUGAAUCAAAUGUUAACAGUUAACAUAAAGACCAAGUAGGGGAACGGUUACUAAACUGGUGAUGGUAUAUCAAUAUUUGGAUAGAUAUUUAUAAAUUAUGUCCUAUUUGUUUGCCAUUAUCCGGCCAGAUGUUGAGAAAUUCUAAAAUUUCAGACCUUAAGCUACAUUUUCAAUGUGAAAUUCUUUUAAUAUCAUGAUUAAAAUUUAUUUGGUUAGCAAACUUUAAGUUUCUUUAUCCCAAUUAUUUUGUGUUCUUUCAAAAAAUACACAGUUAGGUUAACAAAAGUUAUGGGACUUAUAUUAGUGUUUUGAUAUUUCUGUAAAAUUUGAGCAAAACAAUUUGUGAAUAUCUUUCUUUAUUUUCUGGAAUCAAUUUAUGUUGUUUUUAACACACCAUCAAAAUAACAUUUAAUGGUUGAUUUUCUUGCCUUUCAUAAACCAUAUUUGGUGUACACCUGCUCCAUUUAUAUAUAUAUGAAAUAAAAUGUACUUCUUGCUAGACAUGAAUAUUUCUUUUAUUAUCUCUUGUGCUUAACCUAUUUAUGCCAGUGGUUUUAAUUUUUUUAUGUGCAUAAAAUUCAUUCAGGUUAGCUAAAAAUAUUUUAAAAAUGAGAAUUGGAAGAGAACAUUUUCUAAUGUAUCCAAUUGUCAUUUAUGAGAUAUGUGGCAUUUUUCACUG